AUGCGUCACCUGUAUCAAAUUCAGGCCCAGCUUCUCGGCUUCCCUGUAUUUGCCGAUGCAAAAUCUAUUGACCCUAACAUUGUCGCCGUUAAGCUCAUAGGGGUAUGCGGCGCCCGCGCCAAUGCUCACCACGGUGCUUUAAUCUUCACGCACCACCUUACAAACCCAAAUAUCUUCGCUUACAAUGCCCUUCUCAAAGCAUUUGCUCAGAACAAUCUCUGGCACGAUACCGUAUAUCACUUUAACAAGCAAUUGUUUACGCCUGGUGCUCCAAACCCAGAUGAAUACACGUUUACUUCCGUUCUCAAGGCUUGCGCUGGACUCGCCUGGGCUGUAGAAGGUGAAAAAGUUCAUUGCAUGGUCACUAAAUAUGGAUGCGAAUCAAACCUUUUUGUCCGUAACUCGCUUGUGGAUUUGUAUUUUAAAGUGGGUCGGCUUGGGAUUGCUCAGGUGCUUUUUGAUAAGAUGAUUUAUAGAGAUAUUGUAUCUUGGAACACUUUACUUUCUGGUUAUUGCUUAAGUGGAAACAUCAAUCAGGCAAGGUGGAUUUUCGAUGGGAUGGGUGAGAAAACCAUGGUUUCUUGGUCGACGAUGAUUAGUGGCUAUGCAAAGAUGGGCAAGUUAUACGAAGCACGCCAGCUUUUUGAUAAAAUGCCAGAGAGAAAUGUAGUUUCAUGGAACGCAAUGAUUUCUGGUUAUGCCCAAAACGAGAAAUAUUCUGAUGCUAUAGAAUUAUUUCACCAAAUGCAACAACAAAGUAAUCUGGUGCCCAAUGAUGUUACACUCGUUAGUGUAUUGUCUGCUUGUGCACAGCUCGGAGCACUUGAUUUAGGGAAGUGGAUUGAUAGAUUCAUAAAACGAAAUAAGAUAAAGCUGAGUCUGUUUUUAGGGAACUCACUGGCUGAUAUGUAUGCAAAGUGUGGAUGCAUAGGAGAUGCUAGGCAUGUUUUCGAUUCAAUGCAGGAAAAAGACGUGACCUCGUGGACUAUUAUAAUCACUGGCUUGGCAAUGCAUGGGCAUGCAAAUGAAGCCUUCAUUUGCUUUAGAGAAAUGAUCGAAAAUGGAUUGAGGCCAAGUGAUAUAACUUUCAUGGGGCUACUAACAGCAUGUACUCAUGCGGGACUGGUUGAUGAGGGGCUGGACUACUUUCAUAUGAUGGACCAAGUGUAUGGAAUUGCGCCUAAGAUUGAACACUAUGGGAAAUAUAGAGAUGCAGAGAGAGGUGUACGCGUAGCUCAACGCAUUCUUGAAUUGGCUCCUGACCACUCUGGAAGCUAUGUCUAUCUUGCUAAUAUAUAUGCUUCAAAGGGAAGGCUAGACGAUGCAGCUAAGUGUAGGUUGAGAAUGCGAGACAAAGGAGUGAUAAAAACACCUGGGUGUAGUUGGAUCGAGGUGGAUAAUACUGUUCACGAGUUCUUCAUGGGAGACUUGAUCUCACAUCCUCAGUCAGAGAAGAUUGAUUUAAUGAUUAGAGAAUUAAGAUGGAAAUUGAAGCAAGGUGGAUACAAACCUAGGACAGAUCUUGUGGUACAUAAUGUGGAUGAAGAAGAAAAAGAGGAUGCGUUAUCCAUUCACAGUGAGAGGUUGGCCAUAGCAUUUGGGCUGAUUAGUACUAGCCCAGGAACGACAAUUAGAAUAGUAAAGAACCUGCGAGUUUGUGACGAUUGCCAUGAUGCUAUAAAGAUGAUAUCUCAACUUGUUCGGAGAGAAAUUAUUGUGCGUGACCGUAGUCGGUUCCAUCAUUUCAGAAAAGGCACAUGCUCUUGUGAUGAUUUUUGGUAG